AUGAGGAGUUCAAUCUACUUGUCACUGGCUGCAGCUGUGAUAUUUCUUUUGGUACUGACAACGGCCAAGGAGGCUGAAGGCAUCCGGCUAGAUGCAGAGACUCGGGCAUCAGUCAGCAGCUGUAGCACCGAUGGCCCAAAGGCCAACAAACCAAGCCAUGAUGUGGUCAAUGCUUCUGCUGCUGGCUCAGCAAGCGAUGCGACGACAAGUGAUGUUGCUGCAAGCGAAGUUAGAGCAGUGGCACACAAAUUACCGGUGUUCCAUGAAGAUUACUACGUUCCAAAUGUUCACGGUCCUAGGCACCACUGA